CUUCCUCAGCCUCUCUCUCUGCUUGCUCACCCGGUUGGUGGGAAUGUGUGUCUGCUGAUCGGGUCGGAUCGGGUCGGUCGGCAUGGAAAGCAGCUGCUUGGAGAGGAAGGAGCCGGUCAGCCAGUCCUGGAGGGAGCAGGUGGUGGAGCUGGUGUACUGGCGCGACGUGAAGACGACGGGCGUGGUGUUCGGCGCGGCGCUGCUGCUGCUGCUGUCGCUCAGCGUCUGCAGCAUUGUCAGCGUCUGCUCCUACAUCGGCCUGGCGCUGCUCUCCGUCACCAUCUGCUUCAGGAUAUACAAGGGCAUCCUGCAGGCCAUCCAGAAGUCCGACGAGGGCCACCCCUUCAAGCUGUACCUGGACCAGGAGGUGGCGCUGUCCGCGGACCUGGUCCAUAAGUACAGCGACGGGAUUCUGGAGAAGCUGAACUGGACCAUCAAGGAGCUGAGGCGUCUGUUCCUGGUGGAGGACCUAGUGGACUCCGUCAAGUUUGCGAUUCUGAUGUGGAUCCUGACCUACGUUGGCGCCUUGUUCAACGGUCUCACUCUGCUGAUCCUGGGUCUGGUCGGAGCGUUCAGCUGCCCAAUCAUCUAUGAGAAACACCAGGCUCAGAUCGAUCACUACCUGGCGCUGGUCACCAACCAGGUCAAGGAUAUUGUGGAAAAGAUUCAGGAAAAGGUUCCCGGACUGAAGCGUAAGACGGAGUGAAGGAACGGGAGGUCAAAGG